ACUCUAGUCUACUAAAACCACGUGUGUACGAUUCCGAGAAAUGGAGGGAAAGUGAUUUUCAUGGUUUAAGUAAUGCAAAUGUGUGGAAUUUAUACGAUGGAUUAUUCUAUGUCGUGAUGGGAAUGUUCAGUAUUCUGAUGGGAUCGUACAGUGGACGUACUUUAUUCGUGAGAAAAACUCUGGUUCAUACCGCUAAUGGGAGAAAACAUGUUUACAUUGGCAUGUUGUUUAAUAACACCACACAUGGCGGUAUCAUACUGACACCCAAUGAAGAGGAUGAGGCCAAGAUUAAAUUCAUCUUUUACGACUUUGAAUGCCGACAGGAUGAACAGCUGAUGCGUGAAGAAGGUUUUUCGCCACAAGGGCCCUGUCCUACCUGUCCUGUUGAUAACUGUCCCCAUCAGUCAUCUACUUGUCAACAUUGUCACCAAUCCUGGUGUGGCAAAUGUCAACAUGUUCCCAACUACUUGGUGGCUCAGUCAGUCUGUCCUGUUUGUCGGUCAAUGAGAAAUCCAAAUGUCAUCACUGUGGUUCUAGAUGCCCUGCAUGUAAUGCAAGGGACAAGAAAACCAAACAAUUUAAGGAACCUCCUUGUGAAGAAAGUUGAGGCUACUGAGGGCAUGAGCACCCCUGUUGAUGAUGAUGACUGUAUCAUCACAAGGGUGGACAUGCCUUCUACCCCAUCCGUCUCCUACCCCAUCCGUCUCCAACACCAGUGACGCCACCACCGAGGGGGCAUCUUCCCUCUCCUCGUAAGUACUUAUGGGAGUCUUCCAGACCCAUAUAGAGUGGAGAAUGGGGGAGGCGAAGAAACAGAUGAAGAGUCCUUAUUAGAUAUUUUAGAAAUUAUUAUUAGAGAUUAUUAGGUUUUUGUAGUGUUAGUUUUGCAGAGGUACAGAUAAGCUGCGUAUCUGCGUAAAUUACACAAAUAUUUAUGUGAAAACUCAAUUCCUAUUCAGUCUAUU